AUAAAAUUGCCGACGGAAGCGAUGGGGAUGUGGCAGUGGACUCCUACCAUCUUUACAAGGAAGAUGUGCGCCUUAUGAAGGAUAUGGGAAUGGACGCGUACAGGUUCUCCAUCUCAUGGACAAGAAUUCUUCCAGAUGGAACUCUGCGAGGUGGAGUCAACCAAGAAGGCAUCAAGUAUUACAACAACUUGAUCGAUGAGUUGUUGUCCAAAGGGGUGCAGCCAUUUGUGACACUUUUUCACUGGGACACUCCACAGGGACUGGAAGAUAAAUAUGGAGGAUUUCUUAGCCCUAAUAUCAUAAAUGACUAUAAAGACUUUGUUGAAGUCUGCUUCAAAGAAUUCGGAGAUCGCGUGAAGCAUUGGAUCACAUUGAAUGAGCCAUGGUCCUUCUGCGUUUGGGGUUAUGCAGAGGGCGUAUCUGCACCAGGUCAGUGUUCUCCGUGGGAGAAGGCAAACUGCAGCGUCGGGGAUUCAGGGAGGGAGCCAUACACUGUUGGACACCAUCAGAUACUCGCUCAUGCAGCAGCCGCGAGAUUGUAUAAACAGAAAUAUAAGGGCAUGCAGAAGGGCAAGAUUGGAAUAACUUUGGUCGCAAACUGGGUUAUUCCCAUAUCCCGUUCAAAGUCAAGCAUUGCCGCGACGAAACGCUCUAUGGAAUUCAUGCUUGGAUGGUUUUUGGACCCGCUCUGCAGAGGAGACUACCCCCGGAGCAUGAAAGUAUUGGUCGGAAACCGUCUGCCGCAGUUCACCAAAAUACAGUCUAAAUUGGUGAAGGGUGCAUUUGACUUCAUUGGACUCAACUACUAUACUACAAACUACGUUGGUAGCCUUCCUCCAUCAAAAGGCAUUAGGAACAGCUACUCUACCGAUGCUCAAGCUAUUCGUACCGGUGUUCGAAAUGGUGUUCCCAUAGGUCCUCAGGCUGCUUCACCUUGGCUCUACGUCUACCCUCAAGGCUUCCGUGAUCUGCUACUUUAUAUCAAGGAUAAUUACCACAAUCCAACCAUCUAUAUCACUGAAAAUGGAACCAAUGAAGCCAACAACAAGAGCCUACCACUCAAGGAAGCCCUCAAGGACGACGCCAGGAUAGAGUACCACCACAGGCACCUUGAUGCCCUGCUGAGUGCGAUAAGGGAUGGGGCAAACGUGAAGGGGUACUUCGCGUGGUCACUGCUCGACGACUUCGAGUGGACGAGCGGGUACACGGUGCGGUUUGGGUUACACUUUGUGGACUACCACCAUGGUUUGAAGCGGUACCCCAAGCGCUCUGCUGGCUGGUUCAAGAAGUUCCUCAAGGAUGAUCUCACAGAUCAACUGGAAACCAACGACAAAGAUGGAGGCGUUGUACGUGUUGCAGAUUGCGAUAGAUGCUUGACUGAUUAUGCAGUGGUGUUGAAAUAUAUUGCCCGUCUCUCUUCAUCAGUUCGGACUUUUGGAUGAGUUGGUUGAAGCAUGAAUUCAAUAUGGUAGCAGAGCCAAGAGGUUUUGAGUUCAAGACCCUGCCAACGCAAUAUUAAAUAAAACAAUUAUGCGACCUACAUUGAUCCCACGUCUAAGGACUAAAAUAACCUAGACGCGAGGGGGAGUGUUGAAAUAUAUUGCCCGCCUCCCUCCAUCAGUUCGAACUUUUGAAUGAGUUGGCUGGAGCAUGAAUUCAAUAGCUGGAACAAUAAAAAUACUCCACAAUUUAAAGGUCAAUGUAACAAGAGGCUCGUGCGUGAACAUAUCUAGUGAUACCAAAGUAUAUAGAUGGUAUUAAUUGUGGUAUGAAUGUCAAAUGACCUUAAAUUUGAAUUCAAGAAAGGGAAUAAAUAAAUAUUU